AUGUCCGCCACCACCACCGUCGUCGAGACCCGCACCGCCAGGACGGUUCUCGACGACUACGCACUCCACCACUCUGGCGGCGGCGGCAUCAAGCCCACGCCCACGACUGCAGACAUUGAGAGCAUCAACACGUCAUCAUCAGCAUCCACGGCGGGCGACGUCGAGGCCCCCGUGCCUUGGGACCACUCGCACCGCCGUGUGCCGCCGUACCGGCCCAUCAACCGUGAGCGCGACCAGUCCGGGAUCCGCGUGUACCAGAACAACAUUGAGCGGACUUUUAUCACCACCAUGUUCACCGGUGUCUUUUUGAAUUCAGCGACGGCCAAGGCAGCGCGGAUUGCGUUUGGUGACAAGUUCCGUAACGUGCCUGUGGGAGGAGAGAUGUAG